UCAGAUUCCAUUGGUCCAAACUCAGUCACAUGGCUCCAUCUAAUGGAUUGCUUAACUACUUAAUUUAUUUUCUGGCUGCUUGUGCUGUUAGUUUGAUAAUUGGUUUCUUUGCACUGGCCUCAGCUUUGUGGUUCCUGAUUUGUAAACGAAGAAAAAUAUUUCAAAAUUCUAGCUUUAAAGCAGCAGAUGAAAGAGUCAGGCAAAGACCACCAAAGGUGCAAACUAAGCCCCAUUCUCAGAGUGUAUUCAUUUCUCGAAGUUUUCAUACUGGAAGAUUCCAAUCACAGGAAGAGCAAAGAAAAAAGAAAAAAAAGAAAGAAGCAUGUAUAAAAGCAAUUAAAGAUCAUCCUAAAGACAAACUCUGCCCUGAAACAGAAAAGGUCGUCUGUGACUGCCAAGAGAUUAGCUCAACAACAUACAGCAGCAGUGUCUCGUUAAACUUACCAACAUCACCAUCAGAUUCUCAUUGUAGCCAAAGUAUACAGGCAGCUGAAGAAUGGUUUUCUGAUGAUUCUCUAGCAGAAUAUAAUUCUCCAGAGCCUUGCCCUAGGGAAACCCUAGAGGACAAAGUACUUUCAUACCUGUCAACAAUUUCACCAGAAGAAUGUACUUAAAAUGUAAUGACUAUGAUGAUGUAUGAGAAUCAAAAUGAUGACAGCAUUAAGGAAAUGUUUCCAUGAAGAAACACUGAAGUUGAAAUGCAAAGCUUUCAAUAUAAUAGUGAACGGCUCUUUUUCUUUUGAAGCCUUGUAUAUCAGGUAAAGUUAAAAUUGAAUUACCAGCUUCUAGUCUCCUAACGUGUUCAUGCUAAUGUUGCUUUUCUUGUGCUUUUUUGUAGAAUGGUCUUGAUCCCCUUGCUGCCUCUUAUUUCCAUAAAUAAAACUAUGGGAAGAACUAUAGGG